UAUGACAAACAGAGCACGCAGCCUGUAAACACUACUUGCUGUUCUCAAGACUUGAGAAGCACAGUUAACACCAGAGAAGGGUUUCUGAAAGGGGGAAAUCAGGAAAUGGCGUCAGGAGGAGGAAGAACACUGGAAAUAGAGAAGAUGAGCGUAGAGCAACUAAAGGCACUGAAGGAACAAGCCGAUCUAGAAGUGAACCUACUUCAAGACAGCCUCAACAACAUCCGCACUGCAACUACUCGCCUCGAAAUCGCCUCUAAUGCCCUUCAAGAUUUAUCUCUCCGCCCUCAAGGGAAGAAAAUGUUGGUGCCUUUAACAGCGUCUUUAUAUGUGCCGGGGACCCUAGAUGAUGCUGAUAAGGUUUUGGUAGAUGUUGGCACUGGAUAUUUUAUUGAGAAAACUAUGACAGAAGGAAAAGAUUACUGUGAGCGGAAAAUCAACCUGCUAAAGUCCAACUACGAGCAGCUUCUUGAUGUUGCAACGAAGAAGAAAAGUAUUGCUGAUGAAACUGGUGUUAUCUUGCAAGCUAAAUUGAGACAACUUGCUCCUCCAGCACAGUAGAUCACAUUUUUUUUUUCCUUUUUGGGGUAGAGUGGGGUGCCUGCUUACAAGGUAUUUAAAAAUGAGUUCUAUGGAGUUGCCUUUGUUGAUAACUCGACGAGUUGAUGUGCCUAAAACUUAAUGAGCACCAAAUUCUGUCUGAAUUAGUAUUGCUGAAGCAGAAGUUCAACGAGUGUAUGUUCCUCCAUUUCACCCCUGUUUUAUUUUUUUUGCUUUUUCGCGAGAAGCUGAUGAUUGAUCAUCUGUGUCAUUCUAGCAACAUUGGUUGAUGACUCGAAGUUAUGAUUUAUGUCCUUUAGUGAGUGAAACCAUGAUCGCAGUUCUACUUUUUACUGCAACCCAAGUUUGUAAUUCAACUAUGUGUGUGUGUGUGUUACGUUAAACUUGUGAAGUUAAAACAAGGAUUCUCUUAUAGCAUGCCGGAGGGAAAUAUUCUUGUAACAGCCUCCCUGACCACAAUAUAUGAUCCUGUCAGUA